UAAAAGGCGAGAGACACUCAAAGGCACCGUUGAUACAAAGCAUUAUUCAGGUCAAGACACAACCCAAACUCAACGGCUAUAUUUUCGCCCUCUCACUCCACCAUUUACCGACACUUUCACCGGAAUCAUACAAAUCCCACUGUUUAAUCGGAACAAUCACUCGAACCCCACAACCAAUUCACACACUCUCCGUUCAAUUUCUCAUUUUCCCGUACAAAAUCCACCCAAUUUAACCUCACCAAUUUCUUCAAAUUCGCCAUAAUUUCUCCCCAAUCAGUGUUUCUGAACAGAGUACUCUGUUUUCGGUGUUUUGGUGAAGUUAUUUGGAGAUUUGAGUAUUGAUCAUCUCCAAUUUGAUUAAUAUGUGUGAAAUGUUGUUGUAACACAACAAAAGAUUUGACCUUUUGUGGGAAAAACUGAAAGUUCGAAACAAUGUCAGCAGUUGAUGUUGCGUUGAGUCAGGUUCACAUCGAGUCGGGCUUUAUUCGUAGCGUAAACGACUCGCUUGUGGUGUACCUAACUGUAGCAAGUUCAGUGAUUCCCAUGUGUAUUUUGGAGUCCGAUUCGAUUGCGUCAGUGAAGCUAAAGAUUCAAACAUGUAAAGGGUUUUUAGUGAAGAAACAAAAGUUGGUUUUUGAAGGAAAAGAGUUGUCGAAAAACGGUUGUCGUGUCAAAGACUAUGGUGUUUCAAGUGGGGAUGUUCUUCAUCUGAUUCUUCGAGUUUCCGAUCUUCUUAAGAUCACCGUCGAAACUGCUUUUAAAAAAGACUUUGAGUUUCAGGUUGACCGGUUUAGAACCGUGCGUUAUUUGAAACAAAAGCUAGCGGAAGAAGCGAAAGGGGAUUCGUUUAUAAACGUCGAGGAUCAAGAAAUAUUAUGUGAUGGUCAAAAGCUUGAUGAUCAUAGGCUUAUUGGUGAUAUUUGUAAGAAUCAUGAUGCCAUUGUUCAUUUAGUUGUUCAAAAUUCUUCAUCACGAGUGUCACGAGUCAAGCGGGAAACAAUUUGUAAGAAAUUACCGAACGAUUUCACAUUGCAGCCGGUUAUCGUCAAUCCUAGUUUAAAACUAUCGCCUGUUAUAUGGAGCAUGUUAAACUCCGCAUCUGAUGGGCUAAAACGAUCGAAAAGCCCGAUUAGAUCAGCCGAAGGCACUGGGGGCGCGUACUUCAUGCAACAUCCAUCGGGUAACAAGAACGUUGCGGUUUUUAAACCUGUAGAUGAAGAACCAUUGGCGGUUAAUAACCCUCACAUGCUACCUCCAUCAACAACCGGUGAAGGGCUAAAGAGAGGAACUAAAGUAGGCGAAGGUGCGUUGAGGGAGGUUGCAGCCUACAUAUUAGACCAUCCGUUAACCGGACCGCGUUCAUCAAACAAUGAAACGGAAACCGGUUUUGCCGGUGUGCCACCGACCGUCAUGGCUAGGUGUUUGAGUUCAGAGUUUAAUCAUCCACGAGGGUAUGAUGGCGGGUCCGACAAUGUUAAAGUCGGAUCUUUACAAAUGUUUGUGACAAACUGUGGAAGUUGUGAAGAUAUGGGUCCAAGAGAUUUUCCGGUGGAAGAGGUUCAUAAGAUCACGGUUCUUGAUAUACGAACCGCGAAUGCUGACAGGCACGCGGGGAAUAUAUUGAUGAGCCGAGAAGCGGGUCGGAUUGUGCUGACCCCUAUUGAUCAUGGAUAUUGCUUGCCUGAGAAUUUCAAAGAUUGCACAUUUGAUUGGUUGUAUUGGCCACAAGCGCGUGAACCAUACUUGAAACAAGCUCUUGACUACAUAAGCUCAUUGGAUGCAGAUCAAGACAUAGCACUCUUGAGCGCGUAUGGGUGGGAUCUUUCAUUAGAGUGUGCACGCACGCUGCGCAUCUCCACUAUGCUUUUAAAAAAAGGUGCGGCAAACGGGCUCUCGCCUUUUGACAUAGGUCGAAUCAUGUGCAGAGAAAGGGUAAACAAAGAAUCUAUGAUUGAAAAGAUGGUUCAGAAAGCCCAUGAUUCUAUGCUCGUGGGAAUGAGUGAGGCUGCGUUUCUUGAAACCGUCUCUAAGAUCAUGGAUUUUGAGGUUGAGAAUAUACUCGUUUAGGCCCGUGCAUUUUGAGGGGACGACUCACUUUGUCGUCUCCGGGCCUAAUGUAGUUUUCUUAUGAUGUAUUUGCUUAAUACGAAUAAAAGUGUGAUCAGCAAUGGUGUUUUUUAUGUCUCAUUGCUGAAUUUGUACCUGCUUUCUGAAAAGCUUUUGUUGUGAAUGAUAUGAUAAUUAUUGUGUUUAAGAAAUAACACUUUGUAAAUUUUAGUUUGA